GGCUCGCCGCCGCCGCCGCCGGGAGAGCGCGCUCCGGGUGCAGAGCCGCGCAGGGCUGGAGCGGGAGGGCGGAGGGCGCCGCUGCUGGACCUCCCCUCCCGAGACCCGCGAGCCCGGCGGCCCUGGGCGCGGCGAGGCGCCGCUCGGAUCUGGAGAGCCAGGUUCCCGGAGGAAGUGGGACCGUGAGCCAGCGGGAGCCGCGAGAAGGGAAGGAAGCGCCGCGGUCGCUGAUGUCAGAGGAGCCCGGAAAGUCGCGCUGGAAAAAUCCGAAGACAGCAGCCAGGGGCUGCGCUGCUCGCCCCGCACAGGCGCCGCGGGCCACCCCCACGCGCCCCCUCGGCUCCCCGGGAGGGGGCUGCUGCGGGGCGGCGGAGCCGGCGGGGCGCGGAGCGGAGCCCGAGCGGCCACUUCAGGAAUACAGAUAAGUGGCAGGCGGCUGGACGUGGGUUUUAAUGCAUCUGGACUCGGCGUGGAUGUGGCUGUGCCCGUGAUUCCGAGCUGCGUGCGGGCGACAGCCGGCGGCGAGGCGCGGCGAGCGGCGGGCAGAAGGACAGACCAACGUCGCCGAGCCGGAACCAUGUGAGGUCGACGUGGGAAGGUGGUGUAGAUGAGAACCCGGAGGAGCUGCCUCCUGGUCCUCACCCCCCUCAGGAUGGCACAGAGGAGGCGCCGGCCCCUGGCCCUGCAGGCUGACAGCUGGACUCUGGUGUUGCUGGCCGCACUGUGGGUGCUGCUGGUGCCCUGGGCAGCCGGCAUGCCUCAGUUUAGCACCUUCCACUCUGAGAACCGAGACUGGACCUUCAACCACUUGACUGUCCACCAAGGGACAGGGGCUGUGUAUGUGGGGGCUAUCAACCGGGUCUAUAAGCUGACGGGCAACCUGACGAUCCAGGUAGCCCACAAGACAGGGCCGGAGGAGGACAACAAGUCCUGCUACCCGCCUCUCAUCGUGCAGCCGUGCAGUGAGGUGCUCACCCUCACCAACAACGUCAACAAGCUGCUGCUCAUCGACUACUCUGAGAACCGCCUGCUGGCCUGCGGCAGCCUCUACCAAGGAGUCUGCAAACUGCUGCGGUUGGAUGACCUCUUCAUCCUGGUGGAGCCCUCGCACAAGAAGGAGCACUACCUGUCCAGUGUCAACAAGACGGGCACCAUGUAUGGGGUGAUCGUGCGCUCGGAGGGCGAAGACGGCAAGCUGUUCAUCGGCACAGCCGUGGACGGCAAGCAGGAUUACUUCCCGACGCUGUCCAGCCGCAAGCUGCCCCGAGACCCGGAGUCCUCAGCCAUGCUGGACUACGAGCUCCACAGCGAUUUCGUCUCCUCUCUCAUCAAGAUCCCCUCUGACACCCUGGCCCUGGUCUCCCACUUUGACAUCUUCUACAUCUAUGGCUUCGCCAGUGGCAGCUUCGUCUACUUCCUCACCGUGCAGCCGGAGACCCCAGAGGGUGUGUCCAUCAACUCUGCAGGAGACCUCUUCUACACCUCUCGCAUCGUGCGUCUCUGCAAGGAUGACCCCAAGUUCCACUCCUAUGUGUCCCUGCCCUUUGGCUGCACACGGGCAGGCGUGGAAUAUCGUCUCCUGCAGGCCGCUUACCUUGCCAAGCCCGGGGAGGCGCUGGCCCAGGCCUUCAACGUCAGCAGCCAAGAUGAUGUGCUCUUUGCUAUCUUCUCCAAAGGGCAGAAGCAGUACCACCACCCGCCCGACGACUCUGCCCUGUGUGCCUUCCCCAUCCGCUCCAUCAACUUGCAGAUCAAGGAGCGCCUGCAGUCCUGCUACCAAGGCGAGGGCAAUCUGGAGCUCAACUGGCUGCUGGGCAAGGAUGUCCAGUGCACCAAGGCGCCGGUCCCCAUUGAUGACAACUUCUGCGGACUGGACAUCAACCAGCCCCUGGGAGGCUCCACCCCAGUGGAGGGCCUGACCCUGUAUACCACCAGCCGGGACCGCAUGACCUCCGUGGCCUCCUAUGUUUACAACAGUUACAGUGUGGUUUUCGUGGGGACCAAGAGCGGCAAACUGAAAAAGAUUCGAGCUGAUGGUCCCCCCCAUGGUGGGGUCCAGUACGAGAUGGUCUCUGUGCUCAAAGAUGGGAGCCCUAUCCUCCAGGACAUGGCCUUCUCCGUUGAUCAGCGCUACCUGUACGUCAUGUCUGAAAGGCAGGUCACCAGGGUCCCCGUGGAGUUUUGUGAGCAGUACACAACUUGUGGGGAGUGCCUGAGCUCAGGGGACCCUCACUGUGGCUGGUGUACCCUGCAUAACAUGUGCUCCCGCAGGGACAAGUGCCAGCGGCACAAGGAACCAAAUCGCUUUGCCGCCAGCAUCAGCCAGUGUAUGAGCCUGGCAGUGAAGCCCAGCAGCAUCUCUGUGUCCGAGCACAGCCGGAAGCUCAACCUGGUUGUGAGUGACGCUCCAGAUCUGUCUGCAGGCAUCACCUGUGCCUUUGGAAACCUGACAGAGGUGGACGGGCGAGUGACUGGCAGCAAUGUCAUCUGCCUGUCCCCUGGGCCCAAGGAUGUCCCUGCCAUCCCUCUGGAUCAAGACUGGUUUGGACUAGAGCUACAGCUGAGAUCCAAGGAGACAGGGAAGAUAUUCGUCAGCACUGAGUUCAAGUUUUACAACUGCAGCGCCCACCAAUUGUGCCUGUCCUGUGUCAACAGCGCCUUCCGCUGCCAUUGGUGCAAGUACCGCAACCUCUGCACUCAUGACCCUACCACCUGCUCCUUUCAGGAGGGCCGCAUCAAUAUUUCGGAGGACUGUCCCCAGCUGGUGCCCACAGAGGAGAUCCUGAUUCCAGUCGGGGAGGUGAAACCCAUCACCCUCAAGGCUCGCAACCUGCCCCAGCCUCAGUCUGGCCAGCGUGGCUAUGAAUGCGUCCUCCACAUCCAGGGGGCCGUCCACCGGGUCCCUGCCCUGCGCUUCAACAGCUCCAGUGUCCAGUGCCAGAACAGCUCGUACCAGUACGAUGGGAUGGACAUCAGCAACCUGGCCGUGGACUUCGCAGUGGUGUGGAAUGGAAAUUUCAUCAUAGACAACCCUCAGAACCUGAAAGUGCACCUCUACAAGUGUGCAGCCCAGCGGGAGAGCUGUGGCCUCUGCCUCAAGGCCGACCGCAAGUUUGAGUGUGGCUGGUGUAGCGGAGAGCGCAGGUGCACCUUGCACCAGCACUGUACCAGCCCCUCCAACCCCUGGCUCGACUGGUCCAGCCACAAUGUCAAGUGCUCCAACCCCCAGAUCACUGAGAUUUUGACGGUGUCUGGACCACCUGAGGGAGGAACUCGAGUGACCAUCCACGGCGUGAACCUGGGCCUGGACUUCUCUGAGAUCGCGCACCAUGUGCAGGUGGCUGGGGUGCCCUGUGCGCCCCUCCCAGGGGAGUACAUCAUCGCUGAGCAGAUCGUCUGCGAAAUGGGCCACGCGCUGGUGGGGACCACCUCUGGGCCCGUGCGCCUCUGCAUCGGGGAGUGCAAGCCGGAGUUCAUGACCAAGUCCCACCAGCAGUACACCUUUGUGAAUCCUUCAGUGCUGUCGCUCAACCCCAUCCGAGGGCCAGAGUCGGGCGGUACCAUGGUGACCAUCACAGGCCAUUACCUCGGUGCUGGAAGCAGCGUGGCGGUGUACCUGGGCAACCAGACCUGCGAGUUCUAUGGGAGGUCAAUGAACGAAAUCGUGUGUGUCUCUCCCCCAUCAUCCAAUGGGCUGGGCCCAGUGCCUGUCUCAGUGAGCGUGGACAGAGCCCAUGUGGAUAACAGCCUGCAGUUUGAGUACAUAGAUGACCCUCGGGUCCAGCGCGUUGAGCCCGAGUGGAGUAUCACCAGUGGACAUACACCCUUGACCAUCACAGGCUUCAACCUGGAUGUCAUUCAAGAGCCACGGAUCCGAGUCAAGUUUAAUGGCAAAGAAUCUGUCAAUGUGUGCAAAGUUGUGAAUGCAACCACCCUCACCUGCUUGGCACCCUCUCUGACCACCGAUUAUCGCCCUGGCCUGGACACCGUGGAGCGGCCUGAUGAGUUCGGGUUUGUCUUUAACAACGUCCAGUCCUUGCUGAUUUACAACGACACCAAGUUCACCUACUACCCCAACCCGACCUUCGAACUGCUCAGCCCCACGGGCGUCUUGGAUCAGAAGCCGGGGUCGCCCAUCAUUCUGAAGGGCAAAAACCUCUGCCCUCCUGCCUCCGGAGGGGCCAAACUCAACUACACGGUGCUGAUUGGAGAGACGCCCUGCACGGUCACUGUGUCCGAGACGCAGCUGCUCUGUGAACCUCCCAACCUCACGGGGCAGCACAAGGUCAUGGUUCACGUGGGCGGGAUGGUGUUCUCUCCUGGCUCGGUGAGUGUCCUCUCAGACAGCUUGCUGACCCUGCCAGCCAUUGUCAGCAUCGCGGCCGGCGGCAGCCUCCUGCUCAUCAUCGUCAUCAUCGUCCUCAUCGCCUACAAGCGCAAGUCUCGGGAAAACGACCUCACACUCAAGCGGCUCCAGAUGCAGAUGGACAACUUGGAGUCACGCGUGGCUCUGGAAUGCAAAGAGGCUUUUGCUGAGCUCCAGACUGACAUCAAUGAGCUAACCAGUGACCUGGACCGCUCUGGAAUCCCCUACCUGGACUAUCGUACCUAUGCUAUGCGAGUCCUGUUCCCAGGCAUCGAAGACCAUCCCGUCCUGCGGGAGCUGGAGGUCCAGGGGAAUGGGCAGCAGCAUGUGGAGAAGGCCCUGAAGCUCUUUGCCCAGCUCAUCAACAACAAGGUCUUCCUGCUGACCUUCAUCCGCACGCUGGAGCUACAGCGCAGCUUCUCCAUGCGCGACCGUGGCAAUGUGGCCUCGCUCAUCAUGACUGGCCUGCAGGGCCGCCUGGAGUACGCCACCGAUGUCCUCAAGCAGCUGCUGUCUGACCUCAUCGAGAAGAACCUGGAGAACAAGAACCACCCCAAGCUACUGCUGCGGAGGACAGAGUCUGUGGCUGAGAAGAUGCUGACCAACUGGUUCGCCUUCCUCCUGCACAAGUUCCUGAAGGAGUGUGCCGGGGAGCCGCUCUUCAUGCUGUACUGUGCCAUCAAGCAGCAGAUGGAGAAGGGCCCCAUCGAUGCCAUCACAGGCGAGGCCCGCUACUCCCUGAGCGAGGACAAGCUCAUCCGGCAGCAGAUCGAGUACAAGACGCUGAUCCUGAACUGUGUCAAUCCUGACAACGAGAACAGCCCAGAGAUCCCAGUGAAGGUGCUGAACUGUGACACCAUCACGCAGGUCAAGGAGAAGAUCCUCGAUGCUGUGUAUAAGAACGUGCCCUACUCCCAGCGGCCACGGGCUGUGGACAUGGACUUGGAGUGGCGCCAAGGCCGCAUCGCCAGGGUGGUCCUGCAAGACGAGGACAUCACCACCAAGAUUGAGGGUGACUGGAAGCGGCUCAACACGCUGCUGCACUAUCAGGUGUCAGACAGAUCAGUGGUGGCUCUAGUCCCCAAACAGACCUCCUCCUACAACAUCCCUGCCUCUGCCAGCAUCUCGCGGACAUCCAUCAGCAGAUAUGAUUCCUCCUUCAGGUACACGGGCAGCCCUGACAGCCUUCGGUCCCGGGCCCCCAUGAUCACCCCAGACCUGGAGAGUGGAGUCAAGGUCUGGCAUCUAGUGAAGAACCAUGACCACGGUGACCAGAAGGAGGGUGACCGGGGCAGCAAGAUGGUGUCUGAGAUCUACCUGACCCGGCUACUGGCCACCAAGGGCACCCUGCAGAAGUUCGUGGAUGACUUGUUUGAGACCUUGUUCAGCACUGUGCACCGGGGCAGCGCCCUCCCGCUGGCCAUCAAAUAUAUGUUUGACUUCCUGGAUGAGCAGGCAGACAGACAUAGCAUCCACGACACAGAUGUUCGGCACACCUGGAAGAGCAACUGCCUCCCCCUGCGCUUCUGGGUGAAUGUCAUUAAGAACCCGCAGUUCGUGUUCGACAUCCACAAGGGCAGCAUCACGGACGCCUGCCUGUCGGUGGUGGCCCAGACCUUCAUGGACUCCUGCUCCACAUCGGAGCACCGGCUGGGCAAGGACUCACCCUCCAACAAGCUGCUCUACGCCAAGGACAUCCCCAGCUACAAAAGCUGGGUGGAGAGAUACUAUGCAGACAUCGCCAAACUCCCUGCCAUCAGCGACCAGGACAUGAAUGCCUACCUCGCCGAGCAGUCCCGCCUGCAUGCUGUAGAGUUCAACAUGCUGAGCGCCCUCAACGAGAUCUACUCGUAUGUUAGCAAGUACAGCGAGGAGCUCAUCGGUGCACUGGAGCAGGACGAGCAGGCCCGGCGGCAGCGGCUGGCCUACAAGGUAGAGCAGCUGAUCAGCGCCAUGUCCAUCGAGAGCUGAAAGGAAGCCCGCAUUCCUGGGAAGAGGCGCCCGUCCAAGUCGUCACGCUGGAGUCUUGGAAGAAAAGAUGCGAGCAGGGGACCAGCCCCAAGCUUGCUGCCAGCCGAGGCCCCAUCCGGGGGAAAAGGGGAGACCCCUCCCACGACACUAGCCCGUUCCUGUGGGUAGGACAGCAGGCAUCGUCCGUCGACCACAGCUGUGACAUCUAGGGAUGCCACCGGGCGAGGAAACGGUGGCCCUUCAAGCUGAGAGGCUCGAGCUCGAUGGGUCUGCCUCUGUGACUGCUGCUUUGCAUGAAACUCAUUUGAUGUAUAUUGGGGAAAUAAUGAGAACUUUAUUUAAUUUUUUUAAGAAAAAGGGAAAAAAACAGAAAUAAAACAAAACAAAAAGCCGCCCUGUUAAUCCCGUCCAACUUUUGUUUAACUCUGAUUUCCACCCCUUCUUCCAGUCCCCCUUGUCUCUCCUUCCUGUGUAAAUCCUCUUUCCAAAUGUCAGGAAGAACCAAGGAGAGAUCCAGAGAGGAGCCAGGGGAGGAGGAGGUCUCCUUUCCCUCAGAGUAGAAAAAGGAAAAGCAGCAGGAGGAGAAUGAAUGAGCACAACGUCUGCACCAAACACUUCGCAAACCCAGAGGCCAGUCAGACCCGGAAGCUCCUGCAGCUGGGAGAGCGCGGACGCCUCAGAACUGGGUACACAGCGCAAAGCCACCCCGUCGCUGCACCUGGCUGGCAGGGACCUGAGCUUUACCCCCACACACCUGUCCGUUCUCACCUCCACAGAGAAGGGCUAUCGAUAGCACACCAGUGCUUUCUGCUACUGUUUGGGGUUUGUUUUAUUUAAUCUCAAACAUCAACAAAAGAGGAGCUGGUCUUUAGUACUUUUCCUUUUGGUUUCCCUAAAGUGAAUUGGGAAGCGGGGGAGAGGUGGGCCUCUCCCAGGCCAGACAUCUGGUUUCCCCAAGGACGCCAAGCAGCUCUACCCCUCUCCGGUCCCUGUCCUGAAGCAGGGACUCUGGAGGAACAGCCUGGGGCAUGUUGGCCUGGCCUCCAGGAGGUCUCCUGGGGGUUGGAUUGGGGACAAGGGUAUUUGGCUUUGGAUUCCACUCCAGUCAUCCCCUGGUUCCCGGCAACUAAAAAGAAAAAAAAAAAAAAAAUUAUACACUGUUUACAGCAAGCAAUACUUGAAGAGCAUAAGGUUAAGAAGCUGCAGUAUUUAUUGCUAUACUUUCAUUCUCUCGUGCCUGGAGAGGAGAGACAACCCUUCGCUCAUAUUCCCAAGCUCCUGACUACCUGGGCGGACCACACUUGCCUUGGCAGACGUGACUGACACGUCCCCACAUCACUGUCUUCUUCUGCAUCUCAUGGAUUUAUGGGAUAGGAGGACAAGGGACAAAUGGCUGUAUUCUGACCAGGCUCCUUUCCUUCUCUCCUGCUAACUCCUAAAUCCAUGGACAGCCAGUUCUCCUGAGUGUAAUUUCCAAACAAAGAAACCAAAGCUCCAUGCAUUGGACCAGAAGCCCCCAAGAAGCUGAUGGGGUUAUUCAAAAGAGGACAGAUCUGGCGCAGCAGGACACUGUGAGAGGGUGUCCAUCCGGAAGUCCCCACCUCCGUCCUGGUCUUGGAUCCAAGCAGCCAGCUCCAGUUUCUCUGCAAACAGUGCUACAGCCAGGAUAGGAGGGCAAGGAAAGGCAGAAGAGCAGAGUAGGGGUGGCAGAAGGGGGAGAUCUUCCCUUUCCACCCUCUGCUCUUUUAGGGUUCAGGAAUCCCAGCCACAGUACUGGGAAACUAGACCAGCAACCCCAAGAGAGGCUGGGCCAGUGACAUUUCCUUUGCAGUGAACCCUAGGCCCCGGCUUCUCUGUGCCCAACUGUACCUCCAGGCAAUUCCAGUUUCCAAGGGCUCCCCUGACCACAUGUGAGUCCCAGGAAAGGUCUGGGGAAGGGAGCUUGGAGGACUGGCUUCCCUCCGGGCCUGUGGCUUUGGAUGGCUGUCUAACCGCACAGCAGACAUUGCCUGGUCUCUUCAGCUCUGGUUUCUUGCCUGAAUGCAGCUGGCAGAUGGGGAGAGAAAAGUAUUCAGCAAAAUACUCAGGAAACUUGAUGUUUUCAUUGUAAUUCACAACCAGCUAUGCCAAGGCCACUUUCUUCUGAUAAUCUACUUUUGUGAAAGUUUUUUUGGGCCCUGUUAAUAGCCUGAAAGAAAUACUAAUGAUGGGCCCUCCACACUAAGCCAAAGUGUUUGCUCUUUCCAGCACCCAAAGCUUAUCGGCUCAGAGCCAAUAAUUUAUGGAAAUAAAAGAAGAGAUUCGGCCAGAAGGAUAUGAGUGGCUAAUUUGCGCUACCUGUGGAAGAUUCCAGCCCACUCUCACUUAUAUCUGAGCUCAAGUUGAAUGAAGUUUUCCUGGUCACACUGCUGCUCAAGCCAGCAUCCAGGGCUCUGUUUUGCCAAAAAGAUGGUCUCUGUCAGCAGCACCUGGCCCUGGCCACUACAGAUUUACUAGAGUCUCCCAGCAGCCACUUGGGUGACCACAUCCUGUACCCGGGGAGGCCAUCUGGAGGUGCCUGGAGGACAAUGGGGGAUGGAGAGGGGAAGGCAAGGAGAGGAGCCGGAGUGGCCCUGGGUGGUCUGGCCGUGUUCCUCGGGAUUCCAUGAGAGAGGGGGGAAACUUAAACUGGCAAAGGAAGUGACAGACGGACAUCCUUAAAGAAAGAAAAAGACAAAAGAGGAUGGCUGGACACAGAGGCCAGGUCAGGAGGGCGAUGGCAGUAGGUGGCCCCCCAUUCUCGCUCCCCUUACCCAUCCUCCACCAACUCUUUGUUUUGGGACACCACAAACCCAUGGAAGCCCCCUGUAGAAUGGGGAGGAGACAAAGUCUGUUGUUGUCUCCUCUUGGUAUUAUCCAAUUUGAGGUUAUUUGGGGCUGUGUAAAGAACUGUCAAAUCCACAGUCCCCCCCACCAAGCCAUCCCUCCUGGAGGAGUUCUCCCCAAGACUGCCCAGCUGGGUUUCUUCCACUGAGCACCAGGAGAGGCAGCUCUCUGGAGGAGCAGAACUCCAGUGGGGCUUGGCAAGACAGACAAUGCCAGAGGGCAAGAUGGGGAGCCCAGCUGGACCCACACUCGGCAUGGGCCAGGUACUUCAGCUGUCCCUGUCCUACCUCUUUCUGCAGUGUGGCUCUCGAACCACUUGUGAGCCUCUUCUCCUAACAUAGUUGAAGUCUGAAGAGCGUCGGUGAGCUGCUGACUCCCUGGAAGGAAAGAGCUGUUUCUUGCACCAGUUCAUCAGAGGAUCUUCUGGAGCAGCAGCUAUUUCUGAGGUGCUGGAAUAGUGAUGAACAAGUGGGUCCUUCUUCUGGCCAACGUCUGUUCUUCAGGCUGCUGGGUCCUGCCACCAAUGCAGCGGGCACAGUCCUGCUUAGAGAUUCCUGUUACAUUAAAAAGGGUGCAGUGAAGAAGGCAAGCCGGCCCGGCCAACUGCCUCCCCUUCUUUGGGGCACAGUCGCCCAGCAAGGAGAGCUGCUCUCACUCUACUACCGCCCACUCUUCAGGUGGCACUGCCUCUGCUGUGUCAGCUCCUGACCUUCCCUCUGCUCCAGCCAGUGAGGACAAGAGCAGCUGCUGGGGCACUGGCGCUGCUGAGAUGAAGAUGGGCUGGUGGGUGUGCAGAGACUAGGAAGGGUCUGGACAGAGCCAGCAGCGGCUGUUGGGAAACCCAGCCUGACCACUGCCGUGCCUGUCGCGUCACCUGCUGCCUGGAGACACUGGACGGCGGCUCUCAGGUGGAGGCCCCUCCAGCAGCGCUGUGCCGUAGACACAGACAAGGAAGAAAGGAGAUGCUAAGACACCGUGCGGAGAAAAUGCACAGCAGCCUCGGGGACACAGGGCCGUGGGAGCAGAUCCCAUGGGGGUAGGGGACUCGGGAGAUGAAGUUCAGCUUCUCAGGAACAUCUCUCCGGAAGAGCAGCCUUGCCGGAACUCCAGUCUCACUUCCCUGUCUCCAUCCUGUCUUCCGAUUUCCCCAGAGUAAAGGUUAGCAUCUGGGGCUCAAUAAUGCCCAUGAAUGAAGGGUAGUGUUUCCCUCUAACUGGUUUUAGGGAAUGUCUUGAGAGAUGAUCGAGAUGAUCAAGAUGAUUGCUCCUCAGCCGAUAAGGAAACUGGUGAUUCCUCGGCUUUUCCUGGAUUCCCCUUCUCAUCCCCCCUCAACAAAGCUCUCCCUCCCUCUGCACCCUUUCUGCUGGAGCCCUUACCCCUCCUGCCUCCAGCGUAGGAAGAUGAGAAGCUGCUCCAGAGCUCAGUCAGCCUGCACUGUGACUGUAUCUGUCAUCCCUAGAGGCAUCAGCAGUGGGCAGCGCCAGGAAGCCCAGUCUCCACACACGGGACAGAUGUCCCUGAGGUACAGGGGAGAAGUGACAAGCUCUUACAGCACGACAGAGGGACCUGAGCCCACCCACCUCUCCCCCAGGUCUCCCCAUUCACACCCACCCCCCUUGACACACUGGAAUCUGUAUUAUAUCUAUUUUUAAGAAAAUACAAUGAUGGUUGUCUGGUUUUGUUGUUUUUAUAGGUGUUGUGGAAUAAUAAGAAAAUUAUUUAAAAUGUUCCAAUAAAAUGGGGUUUUUGUUAUUCUAAUAUAUUAUCCUGUACCUAUUGUAAAUAUGAAACACUCCUAUUUUGCAAGCCAAGGACACAAUUUGUACUGUUGUUAUAUAUAAAUAAAGUUUACUGGAUAAAAACUCUUAAA